AUGAGUUUCCCAUCGGAGGGAGACUACUGGGACAGGAUAGCCCCAACUCCUGUGUUCAAGGCGUCGACCUCCAGGGUAAACUGGACCGAGGGGUCAGGGUACAUGAGGAUAGAAGCCUGUGAGACCCUUGCCUUGAGGCGUCGGAAAGCCCGAUUGGCUGCAGGUGCCCAGGUGAAGGUCUUCUUGGUGGAGGUGAGACCUGAAAGCGCCCUCCUGCCUGAGCUCACCUGUCUGUCCACCCUCCAAUACCAUCUGCACCAGAGAGAGAGCCACUGGAUUAGCACCAACCUCCCUGGGUCAAGUCAAGCCUCAACCUCUUUCUUCACCAGCAAAGAGGACAGAAAAGGACAGAUGGAGAACGUUUUUCAGUUUUUUGCUGCUGCGUCUGCUCUGUGUGCCGUCUCCUCACUUCCUGCACAUAAAUACCAUUUUGUUUAUGAACCAAAGACCUGGAAUGAAGCUCAGAGUUUCUGCAGGGAACAUUACUCAGACCUGGCAACCAUCCACAACAUGGAUGACGUGAACAUCCUAAACGAGAUGGCGGACUCGCAGCAGAUGAGAGCCUGGAUCGGACUGUAUGACAACUGGAAGUGGUCCGGCUCUGAUGGGGAGUACAGGAACUGGCAGUCUGACCAACCCACUACGUACCAGGCAGAAGAGAACUGUGUGGCAAUGAUGCCGAAUAGUCAGUGGAUCGAUGCACCCUGUGAAUGGCUCUUAAGACCAGUCUGCUCUGAUGGGACCGGUGAGGAAUCCAGUUUCCAGGUUCCUGCCUGA